AUGCUAAUAACCAAUUCCCAGCUAACAGUUACAGCUCGUGGUGAUAAAGUGCAACUCGGGAAUCGGAAAAAUUCGAGUCUGAGCUUCGAAAAUGUGGUGUUGAAUACGUUCGUUCCGAAGCUGUAUAUGGAUUUUGGAAAAAUCAGCAUAAAAAAUUGUAGUAUUUCCAAGAUACGAAAUCGUGAAAUAUCAGUUUCGAAGUAUAAUCGACAGUUGCAUAUACAAGAUUCUACGAUUGAAAACGUCGAGCCAGAUUCUUUCAGUGGCCUCGCCUUCAAAAGCUUCAUAGUGAAUGGGAGCUCGAUAGCUUCUAUUGAAAAGCGCUCUUUCGCCGAGAUCGAAGCAGAAGAUAUCAAAUUUAUGGAAACGACAAUCGGGGAUGUGGGCCAUGCCGUGUGGUUGGGCGCGAAAAUCGGGCAUUUCGAAUUCAAGCGUUCGCAGGUCCAUCGCUGGCUGGUCUCCAACAACAAAAUUCGAUGCGAGAGCGACGAUUGCGAGGCUAAUUCCCUGCAGUUCCGGCCGUUCGUCCACCCUCUGUUGUGGAAGUUUGAGGGGAACACUUGCUUGCAAAAAGUGACACAGGCAUGCUUUCAACCGUCUACUGUCUAUUAUCCUGGGCUGAUUUGUCGUUCGCAUUGGAGAUUGUUAGAGUGUAUCUGCUCAGAAUCGACCGUUGCCGAACUUCCGGUUAAGACAAAUUUGACAAUAAUGGUGUUAGGGGAUUGUGAGGAGGUAUUUCCUUUA